AUGGAGCACCACCAAGAGUCCACAGGCCCAAGGUCAGAGGAGACAGGAGAACUACCCCAUAUCCCUCAGGGAGAAGUUGUAGAGGGGGCUGAGAGUUCUUCUGUGUCAAGCCAGACUGUGCCUGAUGUUGAGCGGAGGUCAUGGAGUCCAGAAACAAAGCAGAAAGAUGAAGAUGCUAAGGCUGGACCAUCAGAUGUGGUGCAGGAGACUGACAACGAAGGCGAACAACUUAGCAGAUCACAAGGUGGAGUGAGGGACAAAGAGGUGAAAGAGGACUUGAGCAAUCAGGAUAGACCCAGAAGGAAGAAGGGAAACCUUAUAAAAGAGAAGGGCAAAUCCAUUUCAUCUCGGAGCGGGUUCCGCCUUGAACAAGAAGAACAAACAGGAAGGAGACACCAAAAGCACCUUGAUGCUCAUUUGAGAAUCCACACAGCGGAGAAACACAAUCAAAGCUCAGAGUCUGUGAAAAGCGGCUGUCUGAGCAAACCAACUUUAAAAGGUCCCGUGCUCGCCACAGGCGGAGAAAGUCAUACAUAUGUGGUGCAGGAGACUGACAACAAAGGAGAACAACUUAGCAGAUCACAAGGUGGAGUGAGGGACAAAGAGGUGAAAGAGGACUUGAGCAAUCAGGAUAGACCCAGAAGGAAGAAGGGAAACCUUACAAAAGAGAAGGCGGAGGAACACAGUCAAAGCUCAGAGUCUGUGAAAAGCGGCUGUCUGAGCAAACCAACUUUAAAAGGUCCCAUGCUCGCCACAGGCGGAGAAAGUCAUACAUGUUUGGAGCAUGGAAUGAGCUCCACACAGAGCUCACAACUUACAAAACAUGAACAACAAAUUGAUUCUGGGGAGGAACUGUAUAUCUGUUCAGAAUGUGGAAAGAGCUUCCAACAUCAAGAUCUCAUAGCCCAUCAAAGAUGGCAUCUCAGGGUGAAACCCUUUAAAUGCUCAUUGGCCCUUGCCAAACAUGGAAGAGUUCACACAGGGGAAGAUCCUUAUAAAUGUGCAGAAUGUGGAAAGAGCUUCAGGUGUAAAUCUCAUCUAAAGGAACAUCAACGAAUUCACACAGGGGAGAAGCCAUAUAAAUGUGCAGAAUGUGGAAAGAGCUUCAGGUGUAAAUCUCAUCUAAAGGAACAUCAACGAAUUCACACAGGGGAGAAACCAUAUAAAUGUGCAGAAUGUGGAAAGAGCUUCAGGUGUAAAUCUCAUCUAAAGGAACAUCAACGAAUUCACACAGGGGAGAAACCAUAUACAUGUAAAGAAUGUGGAAAGAGCUUUUCUCAGAAGCCAUCCCUUACUACGCAUGAAAGAAUUCACACAGGAGAAAAACCCUUUCACUGCUUGACAUGUGGGAAAUGCUUCAUUGAUAGAUCAUCCUUUUCCCAACAUAAAAGGAUUCACACAGGGGAGAAACCCUAUAAAUGUUCACAGUGUGAAAAAUGCUACAGGAAUAGCUCAGACCUUUCCAAACAUAAAAGGAUUCACACAGGGGAGAAACCCUAUAAAUGUUCACACUGUGAAAAAUGCUACAGGAAUAGCUCAGACCUUUCCAAACAUAAAAGAAUUCACACAGGGGAGAAACCUUAUAAAUGUUUACGCUGUGAAAAAUGCUUCAGGAAUAGCUCAGAUGUUUCCAAACAUAAAAGAAUUCACACAGGAGAGAAACCCUAUAAGUGUAAUGAAUGUGGAAAGAAUUAUACUGAUAGCUCUAAGUUUAAGUUACAUCAACAAGUUCACACAGGGGAGAAACCACAUACAUGUGAAGAAUGUGGAAAGAAGUUCAACCGGAGAGCAUCACUUACUGUUCAUGAAAGAAUUCAUGAUCUCCAUAAUAAUGAACUCCAUAAACUGGAAUGA